UGUUUCCUUAUAUAACAAUGUCGGUGGCAUUUUCAUCGGCGCGCCCAAGGAGCAAAGGGGAGGUGACACAACAAACGAUACAAAAGAUCCUGGAUGAGAAUCACCAUCUGAUACAAUGCAUCAUGGAUUACCAGAGCAAAGGGAAAACAGCAGAAUGCACACAGUAUCAGCAGAUCCUUCACAGAAACCUAGUCUACCUGGCCACGAUAGCGGAUUCUAAUCAGAACAUGCAGUCACUGUUACCUGCACCUCCUACCCCUAACAUGGGGAGUAUAGGUGCUGGAGGAAUUGGACAGAGCGGAGGCAGCGGGCCCCUACACUCCCAGAGUAACCUCAACGACACCAUGACCCCUGGCCUGCCCCCUACCGCUAUGAUGCAGAGUCAGAUGAGCAAUGGCCCCAGCCACGCUCCCAUGCAGCAGCAGGCGGGUCAGACACAGUCGGCUGGGACCUCGUCCACGUCCCUCAGCCUGCCAGCCAGCACCCACGGCUCAGCCUCCGGCUACAGCCACCCCGUGCCCCCCUCCUCCCAGGGCAGCAUGGUCCAGGGCCUUGGCCCAGGCUACGGUUCUUCCUCUUCCUCUUCUACCUCCUCCCGCAGCAACCUCAACAUGCAGUCUAACACAGUCUCCAUGAUGCACCAGCAGUCGGCCACACCUCAUUACCCGUCAUCCCAGACUGGUGGCGGACAGCAGCAGUACCAGGGUCAGCAGGCUGCUAUGGGCAUGUUGGGGCAGAGCGGGCAAGGCAACAACAUGAUGAGCCAGAGGCCCAUGGGGACCUACCGACCCACACAGCAAGGAUCUGCACCGCAGUACAUGGGACAAGACGAUUUCUACGGAGAGCAGUACGGACACACUCAGAGCUCCAGCGAGCCCAUAAACCAGCAGUAUUACUCUGAUGGUCAUGGGGAGUACUCCUACCAACAGUCAUCCUACGGUGAACAGGGCUAUGAGAGGUCCUUUGAUGAGUCCUCACAGCACUACUACGAAGGAGGCAACUCCCAGUAUAGUCAGCAGCAGGCCCAGUACCAGCAGGGGUCAGGCCAGCAGCAACCCUUCAGCCAACAACAGUACCCCUCACAGCAGGGCUACAGCGGACAGCCACAGGGCUACGGUCCAGGUCAGGGUGCGCAGUCCCAGUACUCCCAGUACCAGCAGGGUCAGGGCCAGCAGUACAGCUCCUACCGCUCCUCCCAGGCUGCCUCUGGGGCACAGACACAGAGGCCCUACGCCUACGAACAGGUACAACUACAGCUACCCCCAACCCCACGUUUUGAGGAGGACUGUGCUGUCCAACAAAACAUUGGGGUCAAUACGGAAACUACCAGCAAUAAGGCACCACCUCCUGGGCAAACUGGUGGACAAGUUAGGCAAGGGAACAGUUCUGUGAAUAACCCCCAACAGUCAUGUGUAAACCAGUCUCUGAGUAAAUGAGUUAGAUUUAUCUCUGAAUCUUUUUAGGUUGCUGAGACACGGAUUAGCAGGCUAGACUAAGUCAGCUUCAUGUUCUGCUGGUUCACUAUUUUCUGAGGACAGGUGAACUGGUUCAGGAGAUCCUGCAUGAAGCACCUCUCAUCUCUGCUUUCUCUUCUUUUCCUCACCCUCUAAGAUGAUUUGAGUUAUGGGGGUAUCUGGUAACAAAUCGGGGGACCCCUCAAUAGCAUUAUUAUAUUAACGUUGGCACCCUCUUAAGCGUUGAAAAGACUCAUAUGUUUAAUUCGAGCCUUGCCUUUAAAUGACUUCCUUUUUUGGUCUCUGUCCUCGCUAUCAACCUCUGUCUGGUUCUCUCACCCUACUUUUCUGUCUGUCUUUCACAGGGUGCACAAUACAAGUGCUGUCCUCUGUCUAAGAUUGUCAUUUAAAAUGCGCCCAGGUCACAAAAAAAGAAUGUUUGGUCAUACAUUCAGCAUCUUUUAUUCAGUGUAAAGCUUAACUUGAUUUGAGGUGAAAAUGGGACUUGUCGGUAGUGUUCAAAUACAACUUGUCAGGAUGUAUUUGAAACUGUGAAGUUGUGUAGAUCGGUGUGCGGUGUUACCGCCUGUUCAGUGUUACCACUCUGUCUGUGUAUGAAGAGCAAAUGUUUGAGUGAGGUUAUAGGCACAAUAGCUGGUGGAUUGACAAGAGAGUGCAACUAUCAACAACCAUCAUAAUAUUACAGGUAAUAUGUACAAUUCAUUUCCAUGAUCAAUCCUUUUUUGUUAAUUCUUUAAUUUUGUCUGAUUGCAUAUAUAUUUUUUAACUAAGCAUUUUUUUUUAUUAAGCAAAAGUAUUUGUAGAUUUUUAUAUGUUGGGACUUUUCCCAUGCUAUAUUUACACUGAACAAAAAUAUAAACGCAACAAUUUCAAAGAUUUUCCUGAGUUACAGUUCAUAUAAGGAACAGUCAAUUGAAUUGAAUUCAUUAGGCCCUAAUCUAUGGAUUUCACAUUACUGGGAAUACAGAUAUGAUUCUGUUGGUCACAGAUAACUUUGAAAAAAAGGGAGGGGCAUGGAUCAAUUAUGUUCAUUGUUCGUAGCUUAUGCCUGCCAUAACCCCAUAGCCACCAUGUGGCACUCUGUUCACAAUGCUGCCAUCAGCAAACUGCUUGCCUACACGAUGCCAUCCACGCUGUCUGCCAUCAGCCCUGUACAGUUGAAACCAGGAUUCAUCCAUCAAGAGCACACUUCUCCAGCGUGCCAGUGGCCAUCAAAAGGUGAGCAUUUGCCCACCGAAGUCGUUUAAGACGCCGAAAUGUAGUCAGAUCAAGACCCUAGUGAGGACGAUGAGUACGCAAAUGAGCUUCCCUGAGACAGUUUCUGACAGUUUGUGCAGACAUUCUUUGGUUGUGCAAACCCACAGUUUCAUCAGCUGUCCAAGUUGUUGGUCUUGGACGAUCCGGCAGGUGAUGAAGCCGAAUGUGGAGGACCGUUGGCGUGGUUACACGUGAUCUGCGGUUGAGAGGCUGGUUGGAUUGCCAAAUUCUCUCAAACAAUGUUGGAGGCAGCUUAUGGUAGAGAAAUUAACUUUCAACUCUCUGCAAACAGCUCUGGUGGACAUUCCUGCAGUCAGCAUGCCAAUUGCACGUUCUCUCAACUUGAGACAUCUGUGGCAUUGUGUUGUGUGACAACUGCACAUUUUAGUGGCCUUUUAUUGUCCCCACCACAAGGUGCACCUGUAUAAUGAUCUUGCUGUUUAAUCAGCUUCUUAAUAUGCCACACCUGUCAGAUGGAUGGUUUAUCUUGGCAAAUGAGAAAUGCUCACUAACAGGGAUGUAAACACGUGUGCACAACAUUUGAGCUUUUUGUGUGCAUGGAACAUUUCUUGGAUCUUUUAUUUCAGCUCAUGAAACACGGGACCAACAUUUUACAUUGCGUUUACAUUUUUGUUCGGUAUAUUUAUUUAUCAAUGUACAAUUUCUUUUUUCAGAUGUUAAAAUUGUUCUAUGUCUCAUUCUCUGUAAUGCACUUUUACUUAUCGUAGUUGAUUAUAAGAAAUGAUUUCCAAACAGCCAAAGUAAAGUAACACACAGGGAGAGGAUUUUAGAAUGUUCUUAGCAAUCAGCACAACACUUUUUCAAUACGUGCAAUACAGUCAGUCACUGGAGCAGAGGAUGAGAUUAUCAGUAGGCUUGAUAAUGGACUUUAAAUGACUUGCUGUGUGUUACCACACACUAUUGAGUCUAUAGCCUAUUAGGGUACAACAAUGAAAAGUCUUAGCCUUCUAUCUAGUUGAGUACAUAAUCCAAAGUAUUAUUUUUUGCCAAUUGUGUUUGGGGUUUGCUUCAACUGUCUUAACCCAUAUAGAGGGAAGUUUUGUAAAGUAUUACAUUCUAACCAAUGUGAUGUAGUCUUGGCCUAUGCGUGUUGAGUGCAUAUGGCAUACAUGUUCGGUGUAUGUUUACAGAAACAAAACAAGUUUGCCAUUUGUCUUACUCAAUUUACUUUAUUCGAAGUGAUCCUAGAUCAAGUGUUGGUUGGUAAGUCCUUAGGAGUGUUAUAGAAGACAAGUUUGUCCCACAAACACACUUGCCUUAUAAUUUCUAUGACAGUGUACAAUAUGUAAAGAUAUGUUGUGGUUGUCUUUAUUUACCUCAAACGAUUUGAUCAUUUUAGGAAAAUCAUGGUUUGGUUUGUUGUAUACGUAUAUCCCCUGUAAUACUCCUAGUAAUGUCAGACUGGAACUUUACUAUAAAAUUCUGAAAGGGGGACAGCACAACUCAUUACACUUGUACGUUGCCAAUAAAGUGGGAUAUCUGAGGUACCUGGCUGUCAAACAGCUCAAUAACUGUAUGUUAACUCAACUACAGUGACAAUCAUAGGCAUCUUUAGACUGCAUAAUAUAUAAUUGUAUUAAUUUCCUGUGAAUUGGAUAUGUACUGUUUUGCUUAUAAUGCAAUACAUUGCGUGUGCGUGACAGAAUAAAGGGUUUGUUUGUGCAUAACCAAAUAUGAAUGUUUAAUUGAUUGUUCAUCUUCGUCUUUUGUUACUGUUUAAUAUGUAAAAUAAAUUUACUUUCACCUUG